AUGACUCUCCUUGCGCUCGCAGGUAUCUCCACGACAUCACUAGAUGCAAGGCUUGCCCGCGAAAAUUCAACAGCCAGAGAGAAUACGAAGCGCAUGACAUCGCUGUCCACAUCCCUGUGGCGACUCGCAGAUAAGCGACGCAGAGCUAUCCUUCUGGUCCCAGAACUCCUGCACAACAUCAUUCUCAACCUAGAAGAUUACGGAACCACUUGUCUACCGCGUAUCGCACUGGUCUGUAAAGCUUUUCGGGAGCCGGCUUUAGAUGCACUCUACUGGACAGUUGGUUUCAACAAGUUCUUCUUGUGCUUAGGAUCAGAUGUGGUAUCUUACGAGAAGAUGGGCCCGGACGAUCAUAUCUUCCCUCGGCUCCUGAGCUUGGCAUUGAAUGAUAUCCCUCCCAUCAUCAACGUCGAUUCUUUCCUUUGUGCAUCCUCGCUUCAGACCAUAACCCUGAACAUGGGUGAUAUAUCCGGUGAUGUUGUUCCCGUACUCCAGAGGAUUUCUUCGUCGAGCCCCAAUGUUCUAUAUUUUCGCUGUAUCAGCGGAGACAAGUUACCCGACGAUGCAUUGUGUAGUACCAUUGGCCGCUGGCCCAAGACCCAAGAGCUUCUCAUGGUUCCGCUCUACGAAAAAACGAUUGCUCUUCUGGGCGAUCUACCGUGCCUACGUCGCAUCUGGAUAUGCAUCAGACCAGGAGAGAGGUGGAUUCAAGACAAUAUCCAUUGGAACCUAAGGUCGCUUCAGGAGUUACGCGUGUAUACGUUUGGUGACUCAAGCAUCUGUGCAGCCGCUUUACCCCUGAUUUUUCACACUACGCAGCAGACCUCGUCCAUGAAGUCAUUGCGCUACCUGGACAUCCACGUCAUUGGGGGUGUCGUAUUGCCGUUUUCUGAUGCGGUUACUGCGAUUAUCAGACCUCCUUCCCAAUCCGUAGUUGCAAAGACACUUGAAAGCAUCGAGAUAUUCAUUCAGCCCAACAUCGAAUCUCCCUUCGCACCGGACUGGGAAGACGCUGUCAACUUGUUAGCAGCUUUCACGAAUCUCAAGACAUUCAAAUUGCCACCCGGCUGUUUUCAAUCCGGAUCGGGGAGAUUGGGGGCGUCGAACCAUCAGCUUAUUCGUCUUCUUCAGAGCUGGCCUCUGGUCGAAGCCAUAGACCUGCGAUUGAAGAAGCCGCUGGACGUUCACGAUCUUCUCGAUGUACUGGCCGUGUCUCCACAGUUACAACGGUUUAACGUCAACGUCUCGAUCACCAUGGAGGACGUCACAUCUCUCAGCACAGACAAAGAUACCGUAUUCCCUAAUAACGCCGUUACCUUUCUUUGCCUCCUCUGGGAGAGCUUGGUGGACCAACGGAAAUCUGUGUUGUCUCAUGACGUUCCAGUUGUAGCUCACCUUCUACUCAAGAUUGCACCGCACCUAAGCUCCAUCGGUUACGACGAGGAUACCCAUACAGAGGGUAUACGGGAGUUAUUAUCACACAUUACCCAUCCAUCUUGGGAAGAGGCGAUUUCUGCGGUACAUAAUAUUCGGGUGGAGUACGAGCGUGAUAUGCGCAUAAAUAUAUAA